CGGCACCCAAGCCAGCUGCAGGCGGCGCGUGCUCGGUGUCGGCAGAGGAGACCGAAAAGUGGAUGGAGGAGGCGAUGCACAUGAUACUAUGCUAUGCACAGUGUUUUCAUGUGGGCCAUGUCAUAAGCCCCACAGCAGCCCUAUCAGGAAAUAUUUCUUUAAGGACUCAUCAAACUGUAUGUAAACAAGGUCUGUUUCCAUCUCUCCCCCUUUUAUCAUGACAUCACUAGAAAGCAGUUUAUAGUAGUAAUGUCUUUGGAGAAAAUAAUAAACUACGAAGUCUCUUCCAUCUAGGUGCUUUCAUUAUCUGUAACUGGGCAGGCCCUGACUAGAGAAAAAAAAAGAAAUUAUAUUCAAAGACAAAAUAGAGACCAGUGUUUGGGCUGGGAAGAACAGAGAUUUUAUUCUUUAAUUUUGAAGGUUGAUCAUUUGUUACUUUACACAAAACCUAGUAGCCAUUUUUAAAUAGUAUCUGACCUUGGUCUUUCCCCCUCAAAAAGGCAAGAAAGGUUAAAUUCAAAGCUACCUGCACAAAUUUCAGACCCAUUUUGCCUGAGCUUUUUUGCAUUUGUGAAGAAGUGAUCAGACUUGACAGUAGAGGUGUUGGGAGAGUUUGAAAGUAUGAUAUGGGUAUGAGGUGAAAUUGAUUUCCAGCUUAAUUAAAUCUAUUGUGAACUUGUUAGUGAAGCAAAUCUACAUGUUAAUUGUUGUAAAGGAGUUCCCCUCAACUCACUUCCAUGGGGCUUUGUGUUAUUCUCACCGCCCCCUCCCCUGCCUACCAUUCCAGUUGCUUACCCACUCAUCCUCAGCAUGGCAGGCUCGGCCAUUCCUCAACAAUGACGUUAUUUGUCCUUUUAAAAUAUUCCGAUCACUCAUAUUUGCUCUCUGUUUUGGACAGCAGUGGAAGGCAUUUCAGGAAAAAAAAGUGUGUUACUCAAAAUAAACAUGAAGAUAAUAUUGAGAGGAGUAAAAUGAAAUAAAUUUGCUAGAAGGAAAAAGAGAAAAAUCCAAAGGAAGGAAUGGAAGGCACAAACCCAGUAACAUGGUGGCAUGGGUGCUGUCUCCAGGUGAACAAGACAGAACUUGCAGGCAACAUGGAAUCUCAUCUCCCAUCCCACUCACGUCCUUUCCACUUGGCCCUGCAUUCUCUUCUGCAGGUUUGAGAUGGCCCACAUAGCCAAUGUAGAGCUCUUCAGGAGAUAUUUUUACAGAAAAUGCUGAUCACAUGGCCUCCAUUUGUUUAUUCUCUUGCCGUUUUUUUUUUUUUUUUAACUUUUUUUUUUUUUAAGACAGAGUUUCACUUUGUCGCCCAAGCUGGAAUGCAAUGGCACAAUCUGGGCUCACUGCAACCUCCGCCUCCUGGGUUCAAGCGAUUCUCAUGCCUCAUCCUCCCGAGUAGCUAGGAUUACAGGCACCCAUCACCAUGCCCGGCUAAUUUUUGUAUUUUUAGUAGAGAUGGGGUUUCACAAUAUUGGCCAGGCUGGUCUCAAACUCCUGACCAAAGAUGAUCCACCUGCCUUGGCCUCCUAAAGUGCUGGGAUUACAGGCAUGGGCCACUGUGCUCAGCCUAUUUUUUACUUUUUUUAGAGAUGGGGUCUUGCUGUGUUACCCAGGCUGGAGUGUAGUGGCAUGAUCAUAGCUCACUACAGCCUUGAACUCCUCUUGCCAUUUUUUUAUCCUUAAAAUUUCCAUGUCUCACUCUCUUGCCAACUGUUCUCUCUCAUUUGUUCCCUUGAUUCACUCUAAACUCAAACUCUGAUAAAGCAGCUGCUCGGUGAAGUGUCUGUGGUUACUAAAGUAGAAGUUAGAGGCAGAACAGUGGCAGAGAGCCCUGGAAUCUGGCCCUUGGUAGGUGCUCCACAAAUGUUUGUUGAACAAAUGAAUAAGUGGAGCCAGGUUGUCUAUGCCCUAGUCCCAGCUCUCUCACAUGCGCUAGUGAGAGAGAGAUAUAUAUAAAAAUCUCCCUAUGCCUCAGUUUCCUCAUCUGUAAAAUGGGGAAGAUCAUUAUAGGCUUGUAAAUGAAAUGAAUUAAUACUUAUACAAUGCUUAAAUUAGUCCUGGAUCAAAGUAAGCUUUCAAUAAAUUGUAAGCUCUUAUGUUCAAGCUCUCAGAACCAGAAUACUUGAGAUGCAGACAAAACAUUACCUCUCUUAAGAGGUUGGUUGGGGAAAGUAUAGCUGGAGUUAAAAAUUUAACCUCUUAGAUAAGUCACUGUUCAAGCUACUGGUUUUCAUCUCCACCAUUCCACCUAAAUUGCCACCACCUUGCUGAAUUAGACACACUUGACCACCCUUCCUUCUUGGCCUAGUGUUUUUCUGGGAUUGUCCGUAACACCAAAUAUUUCUCUAAACUCACUAAACAUCUCUUUUUAAUCUCCAUUGCAAAAUCCUUUUUGUUUACCCGUACUUAUUUCUUAACUUUCAUUUUGAAAUAAUUAUAAGUUCACGAGAAAUUACAAUAAUAAUACACUGGGAGGACCCAAGUGUCUAGUGUCCUUCAGUGGUAACAUCUUGCAUAGCUAUAGUUCAGUAUCAAAACCAGGAAAAAUGCAUUGGGAAAACUGCAGAGCUUAUUAAGAUGUCAUCAGUUUUAUUUGUACGUGUGUGUGUGUGUGUGUGUGUGUGUAUGCGUGCCUAUGCAAUUUUGUCAUGUUUAGCUUUGUAUAACCACCACUGGAACUGUUUCACUACCACAUGGCUCCCUUGUGCUACCUCUUUAUAGCUGCAGCUUCUAAUCUGUUCUCUGUCUCUAUAAUUUUAUAAUUCAAAAAUCCUAUGUACAUGAAUCUGUAACCAUUUGGCUUGGCGUUCUCCAUUCAGCAUGAUUCCCAUGAGAUCCAUCCAAGUUGUUGAGAUUAUCGAUAGUUCAUUCCUUGUUAUUGCUGCAUUGUGUCCCAUGGUACAGGUGUACCAUAGUUUGUUUAGCAGUUCACCCACUGAAGGGCAUUUGAGUUGUUUCCAGUUUUUGGCUAUUACGAAUAAAGCUGUUAUGAAUAUUUGUGCACACAGACAUACAUUGUGUGAGCAUAGGUUUUCAUUUCUCUGGGAUAAAUGCCCAAGAGUGGAAUUGUUGGGUUAUAAGUUAAAUGCAUGUUUAGCUUUUUAAGAAACUGCCAAACUAUUUUCCAGUGUGGCUGUACCAUUUUAUAUUCUGACCAGCAGUAUAUGAGUAAUAUCACUUCUCCACAGCCUUGCCAGCAUUUGGUGUUGUUUUUACGUUUCACUUUAGUCAUGCUGAUGGGUGUGUAGUGAUACCUCAUUGUGGUUUUAGUUGACAUUUCUCCACCGGCUAAGGAUGUGAAAACAUCUUUUCGUGUACUUAUUUGUUAUCUGUGUUAUCUUCUUUGGUGAAAUGUCUGUCUUUUGCCUUCUCAUAUAGUUUGGAUAUUUGUCGCCUCCAAAUUUCAUGUUGAAAUUGAAUCCCUGGUAUUAGUAGCAGGGCCUGGUGGGAAGUUUGGAUCAUGGGGAGGAUGCCUCAUAAAUCAUUUUUAUAGUAGCAAGUUCUCACUAUAUUAUUAUCAUGAGAAUAUACCAUCCCCUCCUUUCUUUCUUCUUCUCUUACCAUGUGAUGCCUGCUCCCAUUGCCUUCUGCCAUGAGUGGAAGCUUCCUGAGGCCCUCACUGGAAGCAGAUGCUGAUACCAUACUUCUUGUACAGUCUGGAGAACUGUGAGCCAAAUCAACUUCUUCUCUUUAUAAACUACCCAGCCUCAGGCCAAAGAAGCCCUCGAAAAUACUGAAGUUCCUGUUGGCUGUCUUAUGGUCUACAACAAUGAAGUUGUAGGGAAGGGGAGAAAUGAAGUUAACCAAACCAAAAAUGCUACUCGACAUGCAGAAAUGGUGGCCAUCGAUCAGGUCCUCGAUUGGUGUCGUCAAAGUGGCAAGAGUCCCUCUGAAGUAUUUGAACACACUGUGUUAUAUGUCACUGUGGAGCCGUGCAUUAUGUGUGCAGCUGCUCUCCGCCUGAUGAAAAUCCCGCUGGUUGUAUAUGGCUGUCAGAAUGAACGAUUUGGUGGUUGUGGCUCUGUUCUAAAUAUUGCCUCUGCUGACCUACCAAACACUGGGAGACCAUUUCAGUGUAUCCCUGGAUAUCGGGCUGAGGAAGCAGUGGAAAUGUUAAAGACCUUCUACAAACAAGAAAAUCCAAAUGCACCAAAAUCGAAAGUUCGGAAAAAGGAAUGUCAGAAAUCUUGAACAUGUUCUGAUGAAAGAACCAAGUGACCCAAAGUGACCUGGACAAGAUUCAUAGACUGAAAGCUGUUGACAUCGUUGAAUCAUAUGUUUAUAUAUUGUUUUUAAUCUGCGGGAAAAUGGUGUCUCUCAUCAUUUGCUCUGUUAAGGGAACAAAUUAGCACUUUUUAGAAGUCUGACAAUUGUAAACAGUUAUUAGCUUUUCCAGAAGCUGAUUCCCAUUUUAAGAUGGGGGAAAAUUAAGGUUUGAGAUUUUAGAAAUUAGCAAGUAGUGCAUACUCUUCUAGCCACAAGUGCCCAGUCCAGGCAAGUGCUGACUUCUUAGAGAAUGUGUGGCCAGACCCAGGGACCUGGAGUGUGUUUGGACUGCAGUUUGCCACCCUGAGAACACCUUCUCCAGGACUGGCAUUUCAGAAUCAGAUUCUUCAUUUUUUGCAGCUACGAUGUUCUUCCAGGGCACUGGGGGCUGUGACUUCUCUCUAAAUUGUAUAUAAGUUGUGUAUAUAGAGACCAUAAUUAUAUGGUCCUUAGAAAAGACUUUGCUUUUAUAAAGCAUUUAGAAAAAAUGCAUACUUUUAAAACAAGUGCUUGAGUUGUCACUUAAAAAUUAUAGCAUAUUGCUAUAAUAAAACCUUAUUUAUGUCUUAUUUGAAGAUGAAUAGUCUUAAAAGAUAAAGACAUAAAUGGGACAAUUGUUAUUGAGCAAAAAAACAAAUUAUCCCACCCUCGUGGAGCUUAUAUUCUAGCAAGGGGAGAUGGAUAUGAUAGAUUACACAGUUUAUUGGAGGACAAUAAGAGUUACGGCAAAAAGCAAAAGGAACACAGGGUAAAGGGGAUAGGUGCCAUUUGGUGGUGAGAAUGCUGACUGAAAAAUAGAAUGGUCAAUUUAAUCUGAAACAAAUGGUUAUUUCUUUUAAAAUCCAUAUAAUAAAUUUAAAAUCUAAAAUGUAAAAUUUUGAACACAACACUGGAAAGGGUAUCCACAGCAGGAAGUCCCCAGUUCACCUCCAUGACUACAGGGCAGUUUUCCACAGCCCUCUGGGCGCACUGUGUGCCUCUGCCCAGAAGGGGGCCUCGCCGUUCCACCAGAAGCUCAGCUCCAGGCCCUGGAGGGGCUGCUGCUCCUCAGUUGCAUUUCUUCAGUAGAUUCAUUUCCUUGAUGCAAAGCAUCUGUAUUUGUUGGUUCUGUCAUUUGAGCGAUGUCUCUGACUUGUUUGUUUUGAAUUACAUUACAGGCUGGAAUGUAAUUGUGGUGAAAGUAUUUUUAUAUUGCUGAGAGUAGCAGCUAAUCACAGUUACAUGCUUCAGAGGACUUAUAAUUGCUUGGUUUUGUGUGUGUGUGUGUGUUUAACUGCAUUUGAAAAGUUUUAUGGAGAAUAUGCAUGAUUUUAAAUCUGUGAUAAUGUUACAUGCACCUUCAAUUUCAUCCACUUUAAACAUUAUCUUCUCAUUGAAUUUUAGUGCUUCUACUAGUUUAUUCCUUUUUGCAGUUGGUUGUAAUUCAUUUCUGGCUUCUUAUGCUUUCCUGCAAGCAGAUUUCAUUGCAUUUAUUGUGUUCAUAUCAUUUUCUUGGGGAUUAUUUACAGGACAACCAACCUGGAGUUUUGCCUCUGUAGAGUACCACCCAGUAAGUCUGGCUGAGCAUCUUAUGUCCAGUAGGUUCUUGGCAAACAUUUGCUAAAUGAAAUUACUGAUUGAAAUUUGGGGAAAAGUGAAUAAGAAGACUAUCUAGGACAAAAAGCCAAAGCCGAAAAUAGUGUAUGAGCAUUCUAGCCCAGAGACUGUCGCUACUAAAAGAAUGAAGGAAAUAAUAAAGUGAUAGACAGGGAAGGAUAGAAAAGACUUAACAAUAUACAUAUGUUCCGUCUUUGUUGUUUUGGAGAAUGGUGGAUAAGUAGUGUUUCCUGAUUCUGAAGCAUAGCUGAACAAUUUAAUUGUGGUUUACCAUCUUUUUGGUUCCCUCUUCAGUAAUUAACCUAUCGAAAAUCUGUCCUAAAUGCUUGGACUGGGGCACAGUUCCCUCCAUCGCUUUGGGGGAAAAUCAUUAAUAUGGCAUACUGCAGAUUGGAGGGCAGGACCACUGAGGGUGUCAUAGACAUUAGCUCUGUGGAAUUCUGCUAGCAAUUUCCAAGUGACGAUGAGGAAUUAUGGAUAUAUGUUGAGGUCAUUCAGCUUCCUGAGUACCACAUUCCCCAGCUACUUAGACACGGGUUAAAAUAUUAAGAUGUCCUAGUUCAACAGCUUGAAUUCCAUUGGUUGAUACUGAUAGUGCCUGUCCAAGACACCAGCUGAAAGACUUGUUUUGUGUACGAAAUAGUUCUGAAAGUGGUGAGAUACAAAAAGGUUUUAGAAUCACUGCCCUGUUGAGAGAAAUUAGGGGGAAAUGAUUACAUUUAGAAGCUGCUAGAGUUAUCCAGUGUUUGCUGGUCUUUGCAACAAGCUGUGGAGAAUGGGUGGUAUGUAAUGCUUUGGUAGGCUUCAAUCACUGAUAAAAGAUCAUGUUAAAAUA